AUGUCUGCUUCUGUUGAGCAAGAAAUCGAGCAAGUAGGCGAAGCUAUUGCAAGGGUGGAAAAUGAAAUUGAGGAGAUCAACGAAAAACUCAAGAACCCCACCAUUUCGGACGUUGACAAAGCUUACUAUCGGCAAAAGGAAAGCCAGCUUUGGCAAAAGGAAGACAGGCUUCGGCAAGAGAAAAGCCAGCUUCGGGAAGAGAAAGACAGGCUUCGGCAAAAGAAGUUGUUGUUGAUUGAACGCACUCCAGUGCCAAACGCUGUAAACAAUGGAAAUACGAUGGCGAUGGGCAUUGCACAUGAUCCAAACUCACUUGGUGGACUGCCUCCAAGGACGCCGAGAGCAACAACCACAAGAGCAUUCGUUCCACCGUCCACGGGAAAAGACAAAGCAGACACCCCUGUGGUUUCAGGUCCGCCAUCUACCUCUGAAGGCAAAGAAGAAGGUUUAGCCUAUGCAUCGCUGGACGAUAAUACUCACAUGCAAUGCACCAGCCAUCCUCUGUGUGUAGAACUUCUUGAAGUAUUGGAGAAAGCAAUUUCCGAGGAAGAGAACGGGACUAUGGAUGCCAAGUUCCGGCAUGCUGCCAGCUACGUACAUCAAGUGCGGAAAUGGAGUGGGAAAGAUGACAAUUUGCCCAAAGGUGUCGCUAAGAAUGAAAGGAUUUACACGGGGGCGAUGGCCACAGCGAUAAACUCGGUUCUGGAGGAGGGAUACACUGUGCUGCACCAAGGAUGCAUCGGAACUGGGUUUACGCAUUCCGAUCUCUCUUGUAGGCGUAUAUCAAAAGACGUCACCGACAAGUCAUGGCCGACCACACUUCUUGUGGGUGAGGGGAAGAACGGUGCCGUUGGACUGCGAGCGGAAACUAGGGGGCAGCUUGUCAACCAGCUUCUUCGCCAUCGUGCAAUCGAUACGGAACACCUUGAAAAAGAUAUCAACGGACCGGUUCUUCUUCUUGCAUUCAAUUUGGAAACAGUUGAGAUAGAUUUGGCUUUCCCAACUACUUUUGGCGGGAAACUAGCUCAAGACAAGGUCGUUUCAUUACAGGACAAGAACACCGACCAGAAGAAAGAGGCAUUCUGGACUGUGCAAAUAGUACGAAUGAACAUUGCUCCCAUACAAAAUUUGUCCAUUAUGCUUUGCUUCAUUGCAAGAGGCUUGAAAAAGGUGGAUGCUCAGCAAUACAAAACAGCCCGUGUGCAAAUGAAGUUGCCAAUUGCUAAGAGCGAUUCAUGGAGCUGCAGUAAUGAUAUGGGUGAUGUUUGGUAUUAUGGCGAAAACGUUACAAUUCGAAAAGACAAGAGAUGGCCACCAUCACAAAAGCUCUUGAAUUGUUUGGGAGAACCAUACACUCAUUGGAAGGUUUCCAAAGGACCUUUUGCCAUUUCCGUUUUGAAAUAUCCCUUCAUCGAAGGGGCUUCAAACAAGCCACACAAAGAUGGAUGGGUACAGAUAUUGACACAGGUACAGGCGAUGCAUGGCCAAAAUUUUGUUCAUGGGGAUCUGCUACCUCGUAACGUGAUAUUUACCAAUGACGAAGGAUGCAAUGACAAAGGAUACGUGAUAGACUUUGACCUCACAAGAGAGGUACUUGGAAAAGGCGAAACAUAUGUCAUGGGCUACAACAAUGUUGACUUUGUUGCUUUUCGACACCCAGACGCAGUAGCAGGAAAGCAAAUGGAUAAGGAACAUGAUAUUCAUUCCCUUCGGAUGAUGAGCAAAUAUUUUUUUAAUAUACGCGACGAUCGGCUCGAUAAAUGCAAUAUUGGUGAACUCAUUGCUUGGUUUAGCAAGCAUACGAAGUCAGCACAAAACGUUUGCGAUAAGAAACUGUUGGACAACGAAGCAAGUGGUAGCCCAGAUCGACCAUAA